ACUCCUCUCACUAUCCCUCCCGUACCCCAACUAAAAAAUGAUAAAAGGAGGUUAACCUGUGACCACAUCAUCUGCACAGCUCAAGUCUCCAUUACUAAUCAUAAAAGCACCCCGUAUUUGUCUGUCGCUAAUCACGAAUAUUCUAAUACUACACUCGGUUUUAGCUCUCGAAAUCAGAGUUUUCAGGCAGCUUGUUGUUUCUCUGCCUCGAGAGAAAAGAAAAAAAAAGAGAAAUCUUGGGAGUGCCAAAGCGGAGGAGAAAGGCUCGUACUUUGAAGGGGAGGGAGGAGCGCAAUGCAGCGCGGAUCUCUCGGCGUGCUGCGGCUGCGGCUGUGGCUGUGGCUGCUCGCGGUCUCCGCAUCAACCGCUGUUCUUGCGGCGGAUCCUAGCAAAGAGCCAUUCACCAUCCGCAUAAGCUGUGGGAGUUUUGAUGAUAUCCGGACAGCUCCUACCAACACAUUGUGGUACAGAGACUUUGGUUAUACUGGUGGCAGAUUUGCAAAUGCUACACGGCCGAGCUUCAUAAUUCCUCCGCUGAAAACGCUCCGGCAUUUCCCUCUGUCUGAUGGUCCUGAAAAUUGCUACUACAUCAACAAUGUUCCCAAUGGGCACUAUCAAGUUAGGCUUUUCUUUGCUCUUGUGGCUGAUCCUAAUCUUGACAGCGAGCCGAUUUUCGAUGUUUCCGUCGAGGGUACUCUAUUUAGUUCUUUGCUGUUGGGUUGGAGCAGUGAGGAUGAGAAGACAUUUGCAGAAGCUUUGGUUUUUGUCCAGGACUCAAGCCUGUCAAUUUGCUUCCACAGCACUGGUCAUGGUGAUCCAUCGAUACUUUCUAUCGAAGUUCUCCAAAUAGAUGACAAUGCCUAUAAAUUUGGUCCUUCAUGGGGGAAAGGUACAAUACUUAGAACUGCCAAAAGGUUGACAUGUGGUUCUGGCAAACCAGCAUUCGACGAAGAUCUAAAUGGUAUUCACUGGGGUGGGGACAGAUUCUGGUUAGGGGUGAAAACUUUGUCUUCCAGUUCUGACGACCAGCCGAUAUCAACUGAGAACGUUAUAGCAGAAACAUUACUUGCACCAAAUUUUUAUCCUCAAAGCAUCUACCAGUCUGCUAUUGUGGGUACUGACAGGCAACCAAGCCUAUCCUUUGAAAUGGAUGUUACUCCAAACAGGAAUUAUUCUGUGUGGCUUCACUUUGCAGAGAUUGAGAAUGGAAUAACUGCGGAAGAGGAAAGGGUGUUUGAUGUACUUAUCAAUGGGGAUACUGCAUUCAAGGAUAUUGAUAUAAUUCGCAUGGCAGGAGAACGUUUUACUGCCCUUGUUCUGAAUAAAACUAUUGUUGUCACUGGGACAACACUAACAAUUGUCUUGCAGCCUCUUAAAGGAACACGUGCCACUAUUAGUGCUAUUGAGGUCUUUGAGAUCAUUCUGGCCGAAAAGAAAACUUUAACUCAAGAAGUGAGCGCAUUGCGUACUGUGAAGGGUUCGCUUGGUCUUCCUCUUCGAUUGGGCUGGAACGGUGACCCCUGUGUUCCUCAACAACAUCCAUGGAGUGGAGUUGAAUGCCAGUUUGAUGAUAUCAAAGGCCAUUGGGUCAUUGAUGGGCUAGGUCUUGACAACCAAGGUUUGAGAGGAUUUAUACCUUCUGACAUAUCUAAGCUACAACAUCUACAAAGCAUAAACUUGAGUGGUAAUAGCAUAAAGGGCAACAUUCCUGUCACCUUGGGUACUAUAUCAGGGCUGCAAGUGCUAGAUCUGUCGUACAACGAACUUAAUGGUUCUAUUCCAGAUAGCCUUGGUCAGCUGGCAUCGUUACAGAUACUGAAUCUGAAUGGCAAUUAUCUUUCUGGAAGGGUACCAGCCAGCCUUGGAGGAAGACCUCUACACAGAGCUAGAUUUAACUUCACGGACAAUGCUGGACUUUGUGGAAUUCCCGGUUUACAUGAAUGCGGCCCGCAUUUAUCUGUGGCUGCAAAGAUUGGUAUGGCUUUUGGGGUACUGGUAGCUAUCCUAUUUCUAGUUGUAUUUGCGGCAUGCUGGUGGAAGAGAAGACAGAACAUUCGCCGUGCGCAGAAAUUAGCUGCAGCAAGGGAAGCUCCUUAUGCAAAGUCUCGAACACAAUUUACACGGGACAUGCAAAUGGCGAAGCAUCACCGCCCACAUGAAAGCUCUCGGAGCGGCAACGAUGAAAGCACUCCACAUUUGCUUCCUUCCUAGUUAAUUGUUAGCUAUGGUGAUUUGUUGUUUGCUCAGUUGAUUCUGCUAUCAGGUUGAGUUGCAAAACAAAUUGUACAUACUAGGUCAUGUAUGGUGUAUAGACACUCGUUUUUGGCUCCAACGUUUAUGGUACAGGAGCAUUAUCAGUUGAGAGAAAGGAAUGAUCCAGAUCAGGUUGUCCUAUUGCUUCUGAAUUCUGAUGGACCAGGUGGUGUACUGACUGAAUUGCAACAUCUUAUGCUUGUGCAAAUUAGCAGCCAGAUUAUCUCCUGUACUACUUUUAAGUUUGCCAAAUGUAAAUUCAGGGGAGCACCUAUUUACUGUUAUAUAAACCUGAAAUCUCACCUGGUCUGUCAAUCUGUAAAUGUUGUUUUUUUUUAGUUUCAAUUGACAGUAAUUUAUUUCGAGUGGCA